UAAAGAUGACUGUGUCUUAGUGAAGUUCGGGCCCAGAACGAAGAGUGAAAUCCGAGUAGACAGAAUCAAGGCUAACGAACCGAGAGAAAUCGAAGAAGAUAAUGCCGUUGACGGCGACGAUGGUCGGAGCUCUGCUGGGUCUCGGCACCCAGAUGUACUCCAAUGCCCUCCGCAAGCUCCCUUAUAUGCGCCAUCCGUGGGAACAUGUGUUGGGGAUGGGAUUGGGUGCUGUGUUCGCGAACCAACUCGUGAAAUGGGACGCGAAGCUCAAGGAAGAUCUCGAAGUGAUGAUUGAGAAGGCCAAGGCUGCGAAUGAGCGCCGAUACUUCGAUGAAGACAGGGAUUGAUGAGCCAAUAACCAUUGGGGUCCUUCAGACAUGAUCUACAGACAGCCCUUUGAAGUCAUCCACUACCGCUUAAGCGAUACCUUGUGUAGAAGCUUUUUCUAGAACAUGUUUUUGCGGCACCCAUUGGGUUGGAUCUCUUUUGAUUUGGUGUCUAUCCUGUUGUUAUGAACUGACAGAUUUGUGUUUUCGCCAUCUGAAUCUGUCUGUACCUUGCCAAUAAUUGGGAAUGAGAAACUCUGCAUCACGUGGUUUUCCAAUUCA